AUGCAUUCUCCACUGUUCUGUAACCUACCAGUGACCAAUACUACACUAUCUUCAACACUGUUGGCGUCUAUAGACCCGAAGAAGACCAGUUAUUCACUGAUCGAGCGGAUCAGAGUGAUUUCAAGCUACAUCGAUGAUGCAAAUGAAAGAGAUUUGUACAAUAUCUUUGCCGAUAUCGUAUUUGAAAUUUUUGGACGUGGCUCCGAUAAAGGAUGGGAAUUAGAUAAGCUGAAGACAAAAAUAUCUGAUGAACAAAAAUACAUUAAUCGAGAACCAGAUAGUGUGUAUCACUUUUUAUCUAGUAGUGGCAAUAUUUUUAAAUUAUGCUACAAGUUGCUGUCCAGCAAUUUGCUAAAAUUUAAUAUUUACUUUUCUGAUUUGCCAAUUGAGCUUCGACAAAAAAUUGAUAAAUCAUUUGGACCAUCUUAUUAUGGUUCACGAUUUUUGUACCAUGCUGAUUCAAUUUCACCCAUUGGACUAAACUUGAAUUCUUUUGAGUACUAUAUGUUUCAUUUUGCAAUAUAUGGGUUAAAGUUGACUUCUGAUGACAUUUCUAAUGGCAAUUAUGAUUCUAAUCAACUAUCUGUGUACAAAUUGUUGUGCUUAGAGUAUCUUAAAUAUUUUUUGCCAUUAGAUAAUUCAGCUUCUAUGAUUUUACCCCAAAUACAGUUCAAUGUUUUAUCACCAAUUCCUAAUCAAAAACAAAAUACAAGUACAAGUAAAUUAUUGAACUUCAUAAAAAAAGAUGUUGCUUCUAAUGAUUUAUUAAGCGAAAACAUUUUAAGUUCAUCGUGGAUGUUAACAUCAGAAGCAACAUGGCGUAGUGAAGUAGUAGCAUUUUUUUUUGCUGAUAUAUGGUUAAAUUGUAAUGUAUUGACUAAUGCAUCAUUCAUUGAUUUAACAAAGCUGAUUAGAUGCUUUAUAAAACAUUUACAUUUAUAUUCAAACUGUGCCAAACAUCAGCCAGUAGACAACUUAAAACUAGUAUUGAUGGCUCGUCAUGGUAUACAAAUCUAUCAGUAUUUAUCAUAUUACAUGGUUAAUUGGCCACAGGAUUUUUCAUUUCGUCUUAUGCUUGAAAAUUGGCUUUGUUAUAUUCAACCUUGGCGUUAUGACGAUUUAUCUAAGCAGCAAUGUUCUAUCACGGAAUUAGAAAUGAAUGAUAAAUGGAGAAUUUUUAUCAUCCGAAAUUUAUUGUGUUAUACCAAAUUAUUUUAUCUUGCCAUAAAAAGAUUCAUUUGCAUAGAUGUUUGUUCACCAAGAUAUUCAAUUAUGGUUUAUCGAAUGCUAAAAGUUUUUACCCACCCAUAUUUAUUGAAAUUGGUACUUGAUAUAGAACAGAUGUAUACAAGCAACCAACCACAACAUAAAAAAUGGAAUAUGCUAUUGUCUGAAUGUUUGGUUGAGGCUGAAGGUCCGUUGUUUAAAUAUGAACUAAUGUUUUCAGAAGAACGUAAUCAUGAAUAUAAACUAUUUUAUGUGAAACUACAAAAGUCAUUGGAUCAUGUUGCUGUAGAAUUGGGUCGCUAUCAAGAAGACCAAAUAGGUAGAAAUAAUUCAUCUAUGUUGGAAUUAAUUUUAUCACCUAGAAAAAAUAAAAUGUCAGACUAUACUCUUAAUGAAUGGAAAGACAUUCAAACUAAUCUUAAAUCAUCAUUAAUGUUCAUGGAACAAAUUAUUAAUGUUAAUGUUACAACUAUGCCAAUAAUGGCAGAUUUGUCAGCAUGGUCUAUUUCUGGUGUAAGCGGGAAUAAUACUACUUCAAGUAUAUUCAACAAAAGUCAUUCUCUUAUUCAGUCAUUUGAACGUAGUACCAUGAAUUUAUCUUUUAGACCUGUAAUUCGUGCAAAAGAAUGGGAGAUCGACCCAGAUUACUUAGAAGCUUUAUCCUAUGAAAACUAUUUUCUUGUCAAUCUAAGCAAAUUUUUAAGAAAUACUGUUGAGUUAUAUUGCAAUUCACAGAUCCUGCAUUUAUCUACAGAAAAUUCUAUGUUUGCGGGUGUUCUGCGUCAAACAUUAAUAAGGAAACCAAUGAAGAUAUUUUCUUAUGAGCCUAGAAAUGAUGGAUCUGGAAAACGUGUCAGAACGCCUAAAAUUCUUCCACCCACAAUUAGUUUUCGGUGGAUGGCAUCAUACUAUACUCUUUCUUGGAUUUUAUUUUUGUUAACAUUAAUUUGGGUGUUUAACAACACUGGCUUUUGGAUAGGCCUGUUCUAUGUCUUGCGUAUUUUAUAUUUCUGUCUAAAAUAUUUGAUUGGGUAUGCACCACCGUUCAGCUGGGACAAUAUUCAUGAAAACUAG